CAGUUCGAGGUAUAGGACAUAUUCUUGGGAGCCAGGCAUUGUGUUGAAAGCUUUCAGAAUGAACAUACUGCUCGGAAAUUGUGUGGGCAGCUGCGAUCAAUUGGCCGGCCCGCCGCCGGACUUUAUACUGUCUAUGCCGCCGCCGCCGCUGCCAUCGUUCCUCAUCUCCAAGCCGGCCACAGUGGAGGCCCUGGUGCCCUCCAAUGAGUCGCAGCCAUGCUUUGCCGCUUUCAUGUGCGGUCAGGGGCAGCAGCACAAUGAGAGCGGCAACGCCCUGAUGGAGCUGGUGCGUAGCGAUUCGAAGAGCCUAGAGAAUGUCUGGCUGUUUGUCUCCUCCUGCAUUGGGAUCUUUGUGCUUGGCUGCUUCCUGGCCCUCAUUGUCAUACGAUGCAGGGACUCCUUCUUCUCGUACCAGGACGCCAAUAUCAAACAGACGGCCAUCAGCGCUUUGGGCGACGCCACCAAAUCCAAUGCCUUCACCUCUGGCGGCAUACUCUAUCCCUGCGCCACGGCCAAUAGCAGGGAUCUGCUCCAAAGCCAACUGGUCAACGACAGCCGCUUGCUCUGGGCCACCUUGACGCCUCAUGGCACUCGCCACUUUAUCAUUGAGAACUCGCAGGACGGACACUACGAGUCGGUGGACUAUCGUGGCAAGUCCCACAGCCAGGUGUUCCGCGGCUAUGCUAAGCAUUCCCAGUCCUUUGUCAAGUCCUUUGACAAUAAUGGCUUUGUCGAUUAUGACUAUGAGGAUCCCACACCGUUGAUGGACUCGUACCACGAUGACAUGGAUUCCGGCUAUCAAGAGCCCCACGAGGUCACCGGCUCCCUGAAGCGUUCACCAAUGCGAACCCUGGACUCGUCGAAUGGCACACCGACCGGUGCUGGCACGACCUACAACUCCAACGUUGGUGGUGGUGGUGGCGGUGGCAGUGGUCUCGCCUCGAACCAGAACGGCAACUCCAUGUCCAUUAGCCGCAAGACGACGCUCUCCCGCCGCAUCAGCGACGCCUCCUCGCACAAUGGCACCUCGAUGUAAGGUGCGAAACCGAGUUGCAUUUUGUAAAUUACACUUGGAGGCAGUCGUCGUCCAUAACUAACUACAUAUUGCAGUAUUUGUACUAUGAUUUACAAUUAUUAUUUGUUUUAUACUUUAGACUCUAUGUUAAGUCAGUGUGGGAGGCCCAGGCGCAGGCCACAACUAUGUAUGUUGAUUAAGAAUAGUGCACUAUAUAUAGUGCACACCUAAUACUCGCAUCGCCAUGACUUGCUUGUACACCUCCUAUGUUCGUACCGUACAUUACCUAAAAACUAUACGUCAGAUAAUCUUAACCAGCCGCGCAAUUCGAUUCCGCUGAAUUGGACCUACUACCGGACACAUAAAUACAUACCCUUCUGGUAUAAAUAAUAAGAUAAGUAACGCCAUACAAGGAUCUCUUCAAAGCCAGCGAGAGAGCAAGAUACAGAGAGAGCGCUCUUUGAGCGCUACGCAUCUUAUGCUUUCUAUUGUCCUUGGUAGCAUGUUGUAUUAUUAAAACGAACAUUUUGGUAAAUACUCUGAACACGUCUCGCCUUUAGCGCUCGUUUAAUAGUAGGCAUAAGAACAAAUAAAAAAUAAAAUUCUCGGUAGUACUACACUAAA